UCGCCGCUCGAAAUCGCAUCUCCCGAGAUCCGCACGCGCUCUCUCUCUUUCCCUACCGUUUCGUUUCCUUCCUGCGUCGCGGUCGCGGAUCCUUUUUGGUGGAUUCCUCUGUGCUUUUUCGGUUGUCGGUUUUCGCUUCGCAAAACAAUGGUGUGAUGAUACCUUUCUCAGGAUUAAUUUACGGCUAGUUGUUGGUUGUUGAUUGUUGGUUGUUGGGCUUUCGCCCGGUGGUAUCGGUUGGAUUUUUUAUUCGCUCAGGUCUCACGUUGCCCGGACCGUUUCGGCCGACGUACAAGAUGGACAGUUGGAUGCAAGAUGUGGUUUCCAUGAUGACGGACAGUGGUGUGUCUUCGGACGUGUCGCCAGGUUCGGUGCCGCAAAUCAAAAAGGAACUGGACAGUGGGGGGUUCACGGAAUGCUCCCCAUCGAACAGCAACAUGUACUCACCCACCACGACCACAGUGUUUAACGAAACCAAUCUUGAUUACCAAGAAAACUACGACACAAAAAUCCGAUCUCCAGGUAGUCCAGAACGACAGUAUUGCUCGUCAACUACACAACCUCAUACAGACUCAGGGAUGGGACACAUCGAGGGUGAAAUCAAAGAAGAAGAUUUGCCCAGACGAUUGUGUCUGGUGUGCGGUGAUGUGGCCUCAGGUUUUCACUAUGGCGUAGCUUCGUGCGAAGCUUGCAAAGCAUUUUUCAAAAGGACGAUACAAGGUAAUAUCGAGUAUACUUGUCCGGCGUCGGGCGAGUGCGAGAUCAACAAGAGGAGGAGGAAAGCGUGUCAGGCGUGCAGGUUCAGGAAAUGCCUCAAAUCAGGAAUGCUGAAGGAGGGGGUGCGGCUGGACAGGGUGAGGGGUGGACGGCAGAAGUACAGGCGGAAUCCGGACAGUCCGUAUCAGGUCCAGGUCGUCACUGCCCAAAGACCCAUGUUGCUCCUGAACGAUAUAAAAAUGCUGGACGCACUGAUACAAUGUGAGCCGGACUGUCUUGAAAUCAACACGGCAUUAGAAAACUCGAAACAUCGGACCCUUUCAAUACUUAGCGACCUGUACGACAGAGAAUUAGUCGGCAUCAUUGGCUGGGCCAAACAAAUACCAGGUUUUGCGGAUCUGCAGUUGAACGACCAGAUGCGACUGUUGCAAAGCACAUGGGCCGAAAUACUUACGCUCACACUGGCAUUCAGAAGUCUGCCGAUGGCAAGCUUGGGUCGAUUGAAGUUCGCCACCGAUUUCACGUUGGACGAGAAGCAAUCGCGGGACUGCGGCGCAAUUGACCUGUAUCAAACGUGUUGCCAUGUGGUGGAGAGGCUGGACAACUUGUCCAUCUUGAAGGAAGAAUAUUACCUCCUGAAAGCGUUAGUCCUGACAAACACAGACGUACGACUGGACGAGUACACAUCGUUGAAGAAAUUCCGGGACAGUAUUUUGACUGCCCUUUCGGAUGCCAUCGGUAUUCUACGGCCGAUGGGAGUGAUAAACCAGAUCCAGCAGCUGCUGCUCUGCAUGCCGGCGUUGAGACAGGCGGACCACGUGGUCAGGAGGUUCUGGUCGGAUGUGCACAGUCAAGAUUUGGUGCCCAUGAACAAAUUAUUCUUGGAAAUGCUCGAAGCAUACCGGUAGCCUCGAUGAAGCGGACGUUUACGUUAACGUUAACACCUAGUAUGCUACAAGAGACGUCUUUUACAAUAACUGUUUCCGGAUAAAAUGUAUAAAUAAAGAGUUAUAGAUAUAUAUAUUUCUACAAGCCAGACGGAACAUUUCUGGGAGCGUAUUAUACACGCACGUCGCGUUUAGUCAAUUUUUAGACGAAAUUGUUUUUGUUAAGGCGUUCCAAUUGUUUUGGACAAUAUUUUUAAAAAUCGAGCCGAAAGCAAUCUUGACACAGUGAUCAAUUGAGAGCAAUAUUGAAUCGGAAUGCUUCGAAAUUUGGCCUUUUACAUGUCGCACCAGAUGUACCAUAUCCAAGGAGUUCGUUCACUGUGUUUUUUGUCGUCCGAAAAAAAAAAAAAAAUUAUAACAACGUAGCACUUAGACUAGAUCCAGUGAUAGACAUUUAGAUUCCUUUAUUUUAGAUCUUUAAGAUUUUAUUGGUUAUUUGUACAUAGUCCGAAUUAUAUUUAGAGGUUUAUUGAUAUAUUUCUUGCUUAAGUUUUUCGAUGCAUAUUUUGCCUUAUGCAUUUCUAUUACUUUUUCGUUUUGAUUUACAGCCUUUUACCUCAACAGAUGAUCUUAUUUAUGUUUAUUAUUUUGUUUUUAUUUUUUGGACAUCUAUUGUUGGGACUGAUGGUUUUAACUAUGUAAAUGGACAAAUUAUAUUUUUGAUUUUCUAAAAUUUGUACAGAAUUUAUUAUUGCUUUUGUAAAUAGGAUUCACUAACGUCCCAAAUGUGAUUAAAACAAGACAGGAUCGAUCUUGUCUUUAGUUAUUUUGUUACAAUUACGUUUCAAUACGUCUGGAACAAUCUGUAUAACAUAGCACAAUUUUAAUGUACUUAUAUUAAUUCUAUCAGGAAUUAUACACGUGCAAGCUGCGAGAAAUAUUGACCGUUUUAAGAUAUCAGAUGUCAUGGAGAAUCUAAAAUUUACGAAAAUUGUCGUUGUUUUAAUUUAUUUGCAACUAAUCAAAUAAAUGUUACUAGUUAA